AUGAAUUUUGACCAGAAGGCGGUGAAAUUCCUGGCAAAUUUUUACAUCAAUGGAGGCAAACACUGGACCCACGGCCCCCUGAGCCAGAAGCUGCCGCGGCCGCCCCAGUCCCAGUCAGCGGUGCUGUGGCUGGGCCCGCGGCCCGGGGCGGCCUGGGAGGAGGCGUGGCCCUCGCAGAAGCAGGCGGUCGCGGCUGCCCCGGGCUUAGGGGUGGACACUGCCUGUGCGGCCACCCUGAGGAAGCUGUUGCUGGAGCGACGCCCCCCGCUGCUCACCGAUCCGGAGGUGCCCGGCCCCGCCAAGUACCAGGUGCCCAGCGCGUCCGCGCGCGAGAGCUCCGCACACCCGCACUACAGCCUGGGACGCAGGCACCCCGGCCCAGAGGGCGGCGGCCGCAGGGCGUGGCAGACCGAGUGGCUGCGGAGCGAAAGCCCCUUCACGCACAAGGUGGACUUCAACCGCGAGCUCAAGUGGCCGUCGCCCGCGCACUACCGGCCGCUCAGCGGCCCCGCCGCCCGCUCCUGCAGCGCCAGGGUCCCCCUUCCCGCCGCCAUGGCCCCCGAGGGCCAGGCCCGCCCCGCGCGGCCGCGGGCGCACCCGCUGGUGCAGGCUCUGGCGCGGGCUCGCGGCGAGAAGCGCCCGGACCCCGGCACCUACGACGUCGUCCCCGGGCACCGUCUGCGCAGCCCGCGCGCCCCCGCCUUCUCCAUGGGCCGCGCGCGCGCCCCCGCCUCGCGGGCCGGCCCGGCCGGCGUCCCGGGCCCCGGCGCCUACCGCACGGAGCGGGCUCGCGACUCGCGCUUCCGCUCGGCGCCCGGCGCGCUCAUCCAGGGCGUGCGCAGGCCCAAGCGCCACGACACCGGCCCCUUCUGCGCGCUCUAG